UACCACUACUACCAUCUUAGGAGCGAGACGGUAUUUCCAAUCAGGACACCUUUUCCUCCUCAAAAACAAUUUGCCAUGGAACUCCGUUUACCAUAGGGAGUCGAUCUUCGUCGUGUACUGUUGCAUGUCUCGCAAGGGCGAUCAACUCUCAUUCAACAACCCAAAACUGAUUCAAGUCAGACGGGUUUUUCUAUUUUUUUAAACAAACAUUUAUUGUCACAGUGUCGCAGAAGAGGGGUAUUCAACACCGGCACAGCGAGACGGAUACUUCAUAUUCAAUUUGUCUUGAAGAAAAGGUGAUGCGAUUCGACCCUCUAAACAACGGAGAUGCUGUGCGUGUUUGAGAUCAGAAGAGGAACGAAACGGUUGUCAUGGCAACACGCCAAGGGGACCCAGCAAUCGGAAAUAGAAUCUUUGUAGCUGGUUCCUGGAUCAAAUCAUAGCCAUCACAAUGUUCUCUAUCAAUCAGUAAUUUGGGACCACCGGACCGAGAGUGAUCAAAUAUGUGUCGACUCGUGCUUCGACUCAUUGACGUCCAUCACUGCUCAUGGCGACGAUGCGUAACCGUCUUCAGUGUCCUUCUCGUCGUCAACACUGCCUUUCAUUGGACCCUGGUCGAUGACGUACACUCGCGAUCGGGACAGCCCGGCAAACGGAGCGCGAUCUCGAUGUCGAGGGACGGAGGCGGGUUGCCGUUUCGUGAUCGGGUGAUCAGCAUUAAUAAAUGGUAUGAUGACCUGAAGGGCGGAAAACUGGACAGUAAGGGAAUCGACUUUGAUGAUGACCACGAGACCAAAGAUGAUGCGAAUAGGAAAGGAGAUGAUAUGGAUACUCUGAUUACUUACAUAACGAGGAAACCUUCAAACAGACGCCCUCUAGGGGACGUACAUUUAUACACGAAUACAAAUUUUGCUGAGUCACACCCGACGCAGACGAAACUUCAAAGGAUUCGCGAAGAUAAACUCGGGAAUCGUCGAUUGGUGUCGGCGUCGAUCGACAACACUCGGAAUGAGAGUGAAAUCGUUCGGAAAGUUGAAAUAAGUCGAAAGGAAAUUGAUAGCAUGAGGGAAAGAGUUCAGACAAGAAGAAGAGAGAUCAGAAACAAGAGCAUGACAGAAAGUGUCGAGAAUAAGCUUCUCUUUUUGCGGAAUUCUAAGAUUAAACUAAGGACGGCGCCAACAAAAAGUAGCAACUCAAAUAAAGAUCGGGUUGUAAAGUUGAUACAAACGAUUGAGGCUUCAACGGAUCGCAAAGUUAUAGAAGUUUACUCAAACGAAAAGAUUCGUUUCUACAGCCAACCUAGUUGGCUUUAUUCAAGUGACUUAGAUGCGAUGAACUUUUUGGCGGGCUCUUGGGUAUUGGGCAGACGACUGGCUCGACACUUCGAGGUACAUGUACCUCUAUCGGUUAAUCGUCUCGUACUCGUCUCGAAUGAUGAAAUUGAACGUCUGGUGGAUAAUUACGAGCGAAAAGGAGAGAAAGCUGACACUGAAAUGGAAUGCCAUCAAUCGCUGCGUACAUUGGCUUGUCAAGCGGCAUGGUGCUCGAUUGAUUUAAGCCUGGUGGUGGCAUUUCAUUUGGACCGGGUAAUUGGUUUGAACGUUACUCCCCCGACAGUUGGCCGGGAGCUGCCGCUUGGGACACGGCACCCUCCCGCGUUGCAACAUGUCAGCCGAUCGAACGAGACGCAGGGCUCCAAAUUUGUACUCGACGUUGACCUUCCUGUACGGGUUGUCGCACUCAUUGUGACGUCAUCAAGGAAGUUACAUUCGGGACCUGCUGCUGGGCGAGGGGCCGGCGAACAUUACCGCUUUAUGACGAGAAAGGCGACGGAAGGCCAAUUGGAAGUUUCGUCGGAUCUCUCGGAGAAGCUGUUCAUCUUUUGUUACCUCUUAAAGAUAUCAAACUGCAGCACGGAUAUAUGGACAGGAUAUUUCAACUCUUUGCUUCUCCCUCAUCGUUCAAACCACUUGAAUGAAUCAUUAACCGGUUACUGCGAUACCAAUAUAACGUCACCCAUCAAAGUCUUCCAAUCUUCCAUAAUCCCCGAUCGAAUAGACAGUGUUAUGCUAAAGAAAUUUAAAAGGAUAUCGAGCGAAAAUAUGGAUCUCCUUCAAGCUGGUCGAAUCCGACAGCGACUCCUCCAAUCCAUCUUCCUGGAUCGCAUCUUCUGGGCUGAGGCUGGUGGUCGUCACGGCAUCGAGAUCAUUCUCGACAUCAUUGAUGGCCGCGUCAAGGAACUCUUCGAAUGGCUCUCACGGUUUUCUAACGCGAGAAAGAAACGACGAAAAAUAUGAUAAUGGGACUUUUCCAUGGCUUCAUCAUUAUUACCGGUUCUUUUCUGAAAUUACAACCAACAAAACAUUUCA